AUGCCUACAGAUUACGAUUUAGCUAGAUAUUUGAAGAAAAAAGGAUAUAAUCCGGAGCAAGAAUUAGAUUUAGCCCAAUUAAGAAAAGGAUAUGCUCAAAAUUUUGAUUGGGAGUUCGCUAGUUAUUUAAAACAAAAAGGCUAUCAACCUGAUACUCCUGGCAUUGAGAAAAUAGUUAAGAAAGAAUCUUGGCAAGAUAUUCAUCAAGAUUUUAGAGAUGAUAAAGUAGUUGAUGCUGAAACAUUACAUCAUACUCAAGAAAAAAAAUUGAGAGAAGAAUAUGGAGAAAAACCUAGACUUAGUGAUGGGACGAUUGAAAAAAUAAAAAAAUUUAAGCAUAAUAAGUUAACUUUCGAACAAGAAUCAUUAAUUGACAAAUUAAUUCUUAGCAAAGAAUUAAAUGAAAGAUACAAAAAAAAACGGAUUAUGCAAGAAAUGCCAACAGCCCAAAUCCAACCAAGAUUGAUGUCAAACCUGCAAUGCUCAACAUUUUGCCCAAGAUUUUCCAAGUUGAACCAGUGGAAAUCCAACAAUUGA